AUGUUUUCGAAUUAUCAUCAUUAUAAUCCUUAUUAUGAUUCAGGUACAAAUACAGUGAAUCAAAUAUGUCAAGGUGUACAUGAAGGCGGUAUAUUUUCAUUAAGUUUAACAAAUAAUGGAUGUCUUAUAUCUGGUGAUGGGAAAGAUCGUCGUUUAGUAUUCUUUGAUGCAACUCUUAAUCCAACUGGUCAUACUGAAGAAUUAGCUGAAUUAUAUGGUGCUGUAAGAACUAUUACACAAGGUCCUGGAGAAUUAUUAAUUAUUAGCACAACAAAGAAUAUGAUACUAGAGGCUGGUCCUGGUAUGGAAAUAUGUCCUUUAAUGUUUGGUCAUUGUGAAUAA